AUGGAUAAUAUACUUCCCCAACCUCAAAUCAUUGUCCCAACACAGGGUUAUGGAGAUAUUACAUCAAAUAUUUCACCCUCAAAAGAAAUGAUGGGAACAAUGAUGUAUCAUUAUAAUCAUCAUCAAAUGGAUUAUGGAAAUUAUCAAAAUUAUUUUGAUUACUUUAAUUUUGAUCAAAUACCUUGUAUUAAUUUUACAACCACAGGAAAUUUAGAAAAUUUGGGAAAUUUGGGAAAUUUAUUAGAUUAUAGUCAUUCCAGUAGUUUAUUAAAUGAUGUCUUUUUCUCAGAUCCAAUGAUUGAUGAUGAUGAUUCAAUUGAAUUAUCACUUCAAUUUGAUAGUGACGCAUCUUCUGAUACUGAUAUAUUAACUCCAUAUAAUUCGCCUUCGUCUCCUGCCGGAAUUAUAGAUGGUGGUGACGAUAUUUGGAGGUUAUUUUAUGAAGAUGAAUUUGUUAAUGAAUUAAGAGAUCAACCUUCUUUUAUUAUUACCAGACCAAAUUAUUUCGAAUUUGGUAAUAAUGGUGAUAAUUUAAUUAGUCCACCUCCACCUACUCCAGAACUUGUUAGUGAUAAUAACCUUAAACCUGAUAAAAAGAUUCGUAUUGAUGAACAAAAUGGUGUUAAAAGUAGUUCUUCUACAAAAUCAGUCAUUUUAGGAAAAGGUUUAACGAAAGCUAAAUCUACUUCACAAAAAACCAAAAAGGGAAAAUCUUCUAUUAAACGUAAUGGUAGUAAAGUUUCUACACCUAAUGCUAUAUCAAGUCCGGCUUCAACUUCAUCUACAAUGAUGAUGAUAAUAGAUGAACUUCAAGAAACCGAAGAAUUAGAAGUCACCUUACCACGUCCAACUCAAACUCCUACUGUUUUUGAAAAUUUAACAAAAUCAGGAAUUGAUUGGUGCAGAUACUGUGGAACCACUGAGGGUGUUAACUGGAGACCUGGUCCAUGGGGAAAGCGAACUUUAUGCAAUAAACACGGUUGUGAUUAUAAAGGUUAUGGAUUCGCAUGCAAACUUCCCCGAUUGGAUUUGACCGGUUUCGUAAAUGAAACUGUCGAAGAACGUGAACUUUGUACCGUUUGUCAAAAACAAGAGUCAUUCGUUGGAAAUGUUCUUGUCCGUUGUGAAGGUUGUCCCAAAGCAUUUCAUCAAAAAUGUUUUGUAGAAGGUAUCGAUGAUGAAACAGUACAAGGUACCGAACCUUGGUAUUGUGAAAAAGGUUGUCAAGAUAAUUUACGUAGGAAACGAAUAGUUGUCGAACUUCCUCGUAAGAGACUUCCCUUAAUGUCUACACCUAAAGCCCAAAUAAUUUCAUCCACUACCGAUUCAUCUUCAAUUCCUAAUUCUGGAACUACAUCACGUCCACGAACUUCUCGAAAUUCAUCAAGAGUUUAA